CUGCUGUUCACAGUGACCUGGUCCUCACAGCACAACCUACACCAGCUCAGCAGAACAACAUGGCCACCUGUUCAGGAUGUGGACCGGGAUACCGCAGCCCGCUGGACGCCAUGAAAGGUCGUCGGGAGGAGAUUGUGUACCUGCCGUGCAUCUACUGCAACACUGGUAUCCUAAAACCCGACUACCUCGCCACCGUCGACGUCGACCCGAAGUCCUCCACCUACUGUCAGGUCAUCCACCGGCUGCCGAUGCCGAACCUCCGUGAUGAGCUGCAUCACUCCGGCUGGAACGCCUGCAGCAGCUGCUUCGGCGACGCCUCCAAGAAAAGAAACCGUCUGAUUCUGCCGUCGCUCAUCUCCUCCAGAGUCUAUGUGGUUGACGUGGGGACCAAUCCCAGAGCUCCGCAGAUGCACAAGAUGGUGGAGCCGGUCGAUCUGUUCUGGAAGUGCGGCCUGGCGAACCCUCACACCACCCACUGUCUGGGCGACGGGCAGAUCAUGAUCAGCUGUAUGGGAGAUCCGGCCGGCAACGGCAAAGGGGGUUUCAUCUUGCUGGACGGUGAGACGUUCGAGGUGGUCGGUAACUGGGAGCACCCGGAUGAAGCAGCGCCCUUUGGAUAUGACUUCUGGUACCAGCCUCGACACAACGUGAUGAUCAGCACUGAAUGGGGUGCACCCAAAGCUCUAGCUGACGGGUUUAAUCCCGUCCACAUCAAGGAAGGACUCUACGGCAGCUCCCUCCAUGUUUGGGACUGGACCACCCACAGGAAACUGCAGACGAUCGAUCUGGGAGAGGAGGGUGCUAUUCCCCUCGAGGUCCGAUUCCUCCACGACCCAGACGCCACCGAGGGCUACGUGGGAUGUGCUCUGAAGGGAUCAGUCUUCAGAUUCUACAAAACACCAAAAGGUGACUGGGCGGCAGAGAAAGUGAUCAGUGUUCCCAGUAAGAAGGUCGAGGGCUGGGCGCUGCCUGAGAUGCCUGGUCUCAUCACAGACAUCCUGAUCUCAUUGGACGACCAUUAUCUGUACUUCAGUAAUUGGCUCCACGGUGACAUCAGACAGUAUGACAUCACAGACAAGAGGAGCCCACGAUUGGUCGGCCAGGUGUUUCUGGGAGGAAGUAUCGUCAGUGACGGUCCAAUCAGAGUCCUGGAAGACCCCGAGAACCAGCCGCAGCCCCCCCCACGCUUUAUCCAGGGGAGGCGUGUCCCUGGAGGUCCUCAGAUGUUGCAGUUGAGUUUAGAUGGUCUGAGACUUUAUGUGACGACGUCUCUUUACAGCGGCUGGGACAAGCAGUUCUACCCUGACAUGACCAAGCAGGGCUCGGUGAUGAUGCAGAUCGAUGUGGACUCCGUGAGGGGGGGUCUCUCCCUGAACGAGAGCUUCCUGGUGGACUUCGGUAAAGAGCCCGACGGUCCGGCUCUCGCCCACGAGCUCAGAUAUCCUGGAGGAGACUGCACGUCCGACAUCUGGCUCUAGACGCGUGUGGAAAUGUAAACCCACGAGAAGUGAAAGGCUGAGCCGCACCAUGCUGCAUCACUGCAUCAAAUACUAUCUCAUAAUAAAGUCACAUUUAAUCACUUAACUGACUCACAACAUUCACUUAAUACAAGCAGCUUCACUCAUAUGUGCCUUUUAAUUCCUAAUGUUUCCAUCAUGUUGUCUGUUAAUACAUAUCUCAUCAUUCACUACGAGUCAGCUCCAAAGAUAUAAUCUGUGGAAUGAAAUCCUGCUUUACCUGAUCUCAGCUUCACGUCUAGAUCAGAAUGAAACCUUUGACUAUUUUCAUUUGUUUGGGACAAAGACCUGCUGUUUCCAUGGUUUCCUGCUCAAACUAUUAUAGUAUAUUAUAUCAUUAUAUUAUAUAUUAUAUAUCAGUCACACAUCUCACUCUGUCAAGAUACGACAAACAUGAAGACAGAGCAUUUAGUUACAGGAAAUAAUUCUGUUUUUGUGUUGUUUCAUAAAAACCAGCAGUGGCAUUAUGUAAACAACAUUUAAAAGGUUAAAAUGAUAAAUAAAUGAAUAUUUGUACUUAUGAUACUGCUCUGGAGAGUCAGUGAGGUGAGGCAGUGGUUGCAGUGGCUGGCGUAGAUCCGGUGGUAGUUGUCUUUGAUGAUCCACACCAAUGUGGGAAGGUACUGCAAACAACAAUCUAGAACUUAGUUGAGAAAUGGCAUGGUAAACCUUCGUUGGAAUGCCCCAGAGAGAUAUUAUCUCACAGAGUAAAGCUUUAGUCACUGGAGCUGCAGUGGCAUGUUUAGAAGUUUCUGCCUUCUUAUGGACUUAGUUCAAUGAAGUCCAUCAGAAGGUGUUCAACAGGUCGUGUAGGUGGUGGGUGAGAAGCCUUGUGUGAACCACAAGUCAUUGAUUACACUUCACAUUCCUCCCUUUUGACCCCUGGUCUAACCCAUGUGUCAAUCCUGCAAAGUGAGGAAAGACUUUUGGGCAGCAGGUAGCUUCCAAUCUGCUGCAGCCAUAAACUGGAGAGGUGCGAGAGAGGAGGGGAGAGAGACAUAAGUGUGUCCUUGGGGAGAGGAGGGGAAAGCAUAUCUAGAGUCAGUGAAGAAGAAGAAGUAGGGGGGGGACAAAUACUAAAUAAAUAAAUAAAAACAGUUUUGAUUAGGGAGGGGGGGCUGGGAGACAGCUUUUACAGCAGAGCUGCAUCUGCUCUGUUGGUGCCCUGUGACACAGAGUCCGUGUGUGUGUGUGUGUGUGUGUGUGUGUGUGUGUGUGUGUGUGUGUCAGAGUGUGUGGUUAGCUGAGCAAGCUGUUCUUCAUUGCAUGAGCAUGUGUGUGUGCUUUGUUUACUUCCCUUUUCCUGUGUCUCUGUAGUCAGGUGUCUCCCUCCCCCUCCACAUGCCUCCCCUCCCGUAGCCAGGCACUCCUCCAUGUUGCUGCUGCUCGUGUCUUUUACGAUCUGUAUCCUGGUGAACUCUGUUUUCUGUUUUUGUCUCUGGUCUGUUUUCUCCUUUCUCUCCACGACGGCUCUCAGCAUGACUGGUGUGUCUGAUGAUCUCGAUCAGGCUUCUUCACAGCCAACGCAGCUCAAUGUUACUGCAGAUGAGAAUGAUGGAGGAGGUUUUGCAGGCGAUGAUGGUGGCUGAUGUACACGUUGAGAUUGUUGAUUCGGUAAUGGAGACGUGAUGUGUGGAACAUACGGAGGGCAUGCGUUGAGUUCAGAAUUCACCCCAUACAGAGAAAGAUACAAAACAAAAUCCUGAGAAGUGUUGUCUGUUCCUAUCAUAUCUGUUAUGUCUGCUGUUUGCACAUUUUCCUCCUUUCACUAUUUUUCCUCAUUUUAAAGCUUCAUGACUGUCAAAGUCAUCUGAUUACUUAGAUUUCACUUUCUUUGACUUCCUUAAUUCUUUUUCUUUUCCCAAUAAAGUUGUUUCCCAAUUGUU